UGCAAUGAUUUUAUGGUUUUAUAAUUUAGAAUGUGUUUGUUCUGAUGCUUUUCUGAUUCUAUUCAAUGUUUUUUUUUGUAUCCUGUAACUUCUUUCCUCUUUCUUUCUCAAAAGGUCUUGCCUUUUGCCAGGCCACAGUUGCAAAUAAGAAGGCUGUUCUUAAUCUGUCCUGCCUGGAUAAAUAAAGGUUAAAUAAAAAAAAAAUAAAAAAAUAAAAAAAUAAAAAAAGAACAUGUUAAAAACACCAAAUACACUUUAAAAAAGUAUUUAUUUUACUGUUUCCUAUGAAAAAUCCACACCAUGACCCUCCCUUCUUUCCACCGUCCGCACCCCUCCUUCCUUUAGGCUUAGUUUAGAAAGUUUUCCCCCCUCUGCAGCGGCUGCAGUAAACAUUCAGACUGAAACUGGGUUGCAUGUUUACCUGCAGAGAACAGGUCUCACCGUCUGCUCCAUCAUGCUCGGGUUCUGGUCUCUCGUGUCCUUGCUGGGUGCUGCAGGUUCGUCUCUCAGUCUGAACGCUGUGGAGCUUGAAGGAAAUAAUGCAGAGAAUUAUGACAAUGAAAUCUAUGAGGACCAGCAGGAAGGGGACUCUCUUUCCUCGCCGACCCAUGCAGACUUCUCCCGCUGGGAUAAGCUCUUCAUUGCUCUGGAGAACUCCCACAUGAGGCAGAACAUGCUGCUGGACGCGGUGGAGCAGUGCGGUGGAGGCGUGGCCUCUCUCAGGAACCAGGUGGACGACCUGGCACAGGGGGGCUGCCAGCUCUGCAGCCUGGUGUCAGCCUGCAGGGUGCAGGUGGAGGAAGUGAACACCACCCUGCAUCGCGGCCUGACAGAGCUCCAGAGAGAGGAAGCAGACAGGGAGGAGAGGAUAAACGCCACUUUGCAGACGAUCCUCGGCAGAUGUGAGGAAGACGCCAAACCACGGGGCCCUCAGGAAGCAGAGAGCAUGAUGGGAAACCCGGUGACACCGAGACCUGGAAGUUUGGGAGUGGCAUUCAGCUCAGGUGUGAAGCCUUUUCUAUCUGCCCGCAAGGAACAGGAAGUGACGUCAACAAUGGACAUGGCCUCGAUGGAAAGGGCUUUGGUUGCUAUAGCAACGGAGCUGCAGAAGGUUCACCUGCAGCUGAGCAGAGUAAUACAGCAGGCAGGAACGCUGAGGAAGGACAAAGCCUGAUCCUUAUCACCGAUACAUCGUUUAAGGUCGACUGCAGCAUUAAUAUUUUUUGUAUUAUUGCUUUGUUUGUUUGGGAUCAAAUAAAUUAAAGAUGGAGCUUUUUCUAAAACAAUUAAACAAAUAAAG